CAUCACUGAAAACCUGAAGCGAUCGUUGACAGGCAGGCAGUGAGGAAAGAAGACAUGACGCAGAUACGAGGGUAGCAGCCUGGCUCUGAGGUGGAAUUAUGUGCUUCAAACAGAUCGUAAGGCAUGAAUCAGGUCACAAUUCAUUGGGAUGUGGCAAUAGCUCUCUACAUAUUCUUCAGUUGGUGUCAUGGAGGGAUUACAAAUAUAAACUGCUCUGGACACAUCUGGGUAGAACCUGCCACAAUUUUUAAGAUGGGUAUGAAUAUCUCUAUAUAUUGCCAAGCAGCAAUUAAGAACUGCCAACCAAGGAAACUUUAUUUUUAUAAAAAUGGCUUCAAAGAAAGAUUUCAUAUCACAAGAAUCAAUAAAACAACAGCUCGCCUUUGGUAUAACAACUUUGUGGAGCCACAAGCCUUUGUGUACUGUACUGCUGAGUGUUCCAGGUAUUCUUCAGAGACACUGAUAUGUGGAAAAGACAUUUCUUCUGGAUAUCCACCAGAUGUCCCUGACAAAGUAACCUGUGUCAUUUAUGAAUAUUCAGGCAACAUGACUUGUACCUGGAACCCUGGGAGGCCCACCUACAUAGACACAAAGUAUGUGGUGUACGUGAAGAGUUUAGAGACAGAAGAAGAGCAAGAAUAUCUCACUUCAAGUUUCAUUAACAUCUCCACUGAUUCACUGCAAAAGGGCAAGAAGUAUUUAGUUUGGGUCCAAGCUUCAAAUGUACUGGGCAUGGAGAAGUCGAAACAACUACAAAUUCAUCUGGACGAUAUAGUGAUACCUUCUGCAUCCAUUAUUUCCAGGGCUGAGGAUAUAAAUACUACAGUGUCCAAGACUGUAAUCCACUGGAAUAGUCAAACAUCAAUUGAAAAAGUUUCCUGUGAAAUGAGAUACAAAGCUACAACAAAUGAAACUUGGAAUGUUAAAGAAUUUGACACCAAUUUUACAUACGAGCAACAGUCAGAAUUCUACUUGCAGCCAAAUGCUACAUAUGUAUUUCAAGUGAGAUGUCAAGAAACAGGUAAAAGGUACUGGCAGCCUUGGAGUUCACCCUUUUUUCAUAAAACUCCUGAAAUAGGUCCUCAGGUCACAAUGAAAUCAUUCCAACAUGAUACUCAGAAUUCUGGACUUCUAAUUGCUUCCAUCUUUAAAAAACACCUUACUUCUGACAAAAGGAAACAAGACAUUGGACUUUUAUUGGGAAUGGUCUUCUUUGCUGUUAUGCUGUCAGUUCUAUCUUUGAUUGGGAUAUUUAACAGAUCACUUCGAAUUGGAAUUAAAAGAAGAAUCUUAUUGCUAAUACCAAAGUGGCUCUAUGAAGAUAUUCCUAAUAUGGAAAACAGUAAAGCUGUGAAAAUACUUCAGGAAAAAAAUGAAUUUAUGAGUAACAAUUCCAGUGAACAGGUCCUAUAUGUUGAUCCGGUGAUUACAGAGAUAGAAAUCAUUCUCCCAGAAGAAAAACCCAUGGGCUACAAGAAAGAAAACAAUACAGGAUGCCUGGAGAGAAAAGAGAGCCUGGAGAAGUCACUACUCACCAACACUACAGUUGUAUAUAUUCCUGAUCUCAACACUGGGUAUAAACCCCAGAUUUCAAGUUUUCUCCCUGAGGGAAACCAUCUCAGCAAUGAUGAUGAAACAGCUUCCUCAACUCUGGAACUACCAGCUGACUCCUUAAACAUGGGAAACAAUGCCAGGUUUAAAAAAUAUCCUGAUUUUGCUUUUUCUGUCUCAAGUACAAAUUCACUAAGUAACACACUCUUUCUUGAAGGAUUAAGCCUCAUUUUAAAUCAAGGAGAAUGCAGUCCUCCGGACAUGCAAAACUCGAUAGAGGGGGAAACUGCCAUGCUUCUGGAAGAUGCAUCACUGAAUGAAACUAUUCCAGAACAAACCCUGCUGCCUGAUGAAUUUGUCUCCUGUUUGGGGAGCAUGAACAAAGAGUUGCCAUCUAUUGAUUCUUACUUUCCACAAAAUAUUUUGGAAAGCCACUUCAAUAGGAUUUCAUUCUUAGAAAAGUAGAUUUGUGUAGUCAAAAGCUGCCUUGCAAUCUGAAGAGGGCUCUCUCUCUCAACACAGAUUUAAUUCUGCCCAAUUUUUUCUUAUUAGAGAAUCAAGAUUCAAAGAUGAAACAUACUUCAUGACCACAAAAGCAGCAGAAAUAUUAGAGAAGACUUCUAUAUUUUAAAAAAUGUUUCAACUAUAUCUUUUAAAAAUUUUCCUUAUUGCAAGGCACUAAACAGAUCUCUCUGUAUGAAGGAUAAAUAAUGCAAAAUACAUGGUAAUGAAAUAAAUGCUGAAAAUAGUUUUUUAAAAUCGAACUAUUAGUAUUUGCUUACAAGAGGAAAAACACCUUUAACUUUCAUUUUAUUACUUAGUAGAUAAAAAUAUAGCCCACAAACAACAAAACAAGUAAGGGAUGGAAACAGAGGAACAAUUAAUUACAUGUUUACUGUGUUGUCGUUUUUUUUCCUACUACUUUCUAUUCAGGUAUUAAGAAUGUGAUCUUCCUUGUUUUGAUUUUGAAGUGAGAGAGUUGUAAACAGUGAUGUGUGGAAAUCAUGAGGUGGUUGUCUUCGUUCUAGUUAAGAGUGACGACAUUCUUCUGUGGUGUAGCUGAUGUGCUAAUUACACUGUAAUAGACUUAUUCAGGUAGAAGAAGCAGGAUCAACAAGGUGUGAUUAUUUCUUUUGUAUUGGAUGUCUGCCAGAAAAUUAUUGUAAAAACAGGUGUGUUUCCAAAUCUGGGAUGGCAAUACUUGCCACACCUGUCACUGCCCCAUAGUCCAUGUCUCCUAUAAACACCAUUAAGACAUCACCACAUGCCUUGCUGCUGGCCCUAAGGUGACCUCAGAAUCCUCUCAACACAGGACUCCUGAUGAACACAGCCAAUAAGGGCUGGGGCUGGCAGUGAGCUUUCUGCCAACCAGGUCAACACUGGAAGUGGGUAAUCGUAAAAACACAAAAUGCAUAUUUUUAAGCUGAGAAAUGGUACCCAGCAGACUUUUCUAUUAUGGUUAAUUUUUACAUCAAGGGGAAAUUUUUUCUAAUGAUCAGAGCCAUUUGAAAAUUGAGCAGAUUACCGAUUGAACUUCUCUUCCUCUUCUAACAGUUGUCAAUGAUAAUUUAUAUUCAGAUUAAAUAGUUUAAUUCUACUGUGCUGCUGCUGCUAAGUCGCUUCAGUCGUGUCCGACCCUUGCGACCCCAUAGAUGGCAGCCCACCAGGCUCCCCCGUCCCUGGGAUUCUCCAGGCAAGAACACUGGAAUGGGUUGCCAUUUCCUUCUCCAAUGCAUGAAAGUGAAAAGUGAAAGUGAAGUCACUCAGUUGUGUCCGACUCUUAGCGACCCCAUGGACUGUAGCCCUCGAGGCUCCUCCGUCCAUGAGAAUUUCCAGGUAAGAGUACUGGAGUGGGUUGCUUUUGCCUUCUCCUUAAUUUUACUGUACCAAAGCAGUUAAUCAAAAAAGGACCAGUGUUCAGCAUAUUGAGCAAGCUAGUUUGUUUUGUAUUGGCUUUUGAAAAAAAAAAAAACCCAAAGUAGUUUUGACAUUAGAUGUCCCCAUGAGGAGGAUGACCAAAUAUCCUGGUUUAUCCUGGCUUUUGUUAAUUGUGACCAGUGUGCCCUUUCCUUCUCAGAAGUAUCCCUUUGGAUGAUAAAUCAUUUGGUCAUUCGUCAUUCUAUUUAUGAAAACU